AUGUUAGCGCUCCUUCACGCAAUAUCACGAGCUAUCCGCUUCGCGCAAGACUCCCAGGUGACUCAUUUACAUUUCUUCGUAGAUAAUAACUCUGUGGUGCAGGCUGCAUAUGCAGCUGCACCCGGACCCUCACAAUACAUUGCGUUACAGAUCAGACGAUCGAUUGAAGACUUCCUAACCACGUCACCCCUCCAUCAUGUCCAAGUUGCAUGGAUCCCAGGACACCACCAUAUCGUCGGCAAUGAACGUGCUGACGAGCUCGCCAAAGAAGCC